AUGAAUUCGACUAAUUUUUUCAAUCUACUGCCAGUAUUACCCCAAGGCCAAAACAGGAGCUGGAGGAGAGGUCUCCUCUUGAACUUCUCAGAUCACUGCCAGAAUUCCAUUGACCUGAACAUCUUCCUGGUCACUGCUUACAGCCUGGAAACCUUCAUAGGCAUCUUAGGCAAUCUGUGUCUGGUGGGGGUGGUAGUCAGACAGAGGGAGAAAUCCAACGUAACGAAUAUCCUCAUUGCUAAUCUGGCAUUCUCAGACUUUAUUAUGAGUCUCUUUUGCCAACCUUUCACACUCAUCUAUACCAUCAUGGACUACUGGAUCUUUGGGGACGCCAUGUGUAAACUGUCUGCCUUCAUCCAGUGCAUGUCAGUGACGGUGUCCGUUCUCUCUCUUGUUCUGAUUGCCCUGGAAAGACAUCAUAUGAUCACCAAUCCCUUAGGCUAUAUGCCCAACAUGAUCCAGGCUUACCUAGGGAUUGUGGUCACUUGGCUCGUUGCCUGCUUCCUAGCUAUGCCCUUCAUGGCCAAUAGCAUCCUGAGGAAUGUGUUCCAAAAGAACCAAUCCGAAGCCAUGGAUUUUUUAGCAGACAAGGCUGUUUGUACAGAAUCCUGGCCAACGGCUCAACACAAAUCCGUUUACACGAUCCUCUUGCUAUUCCUCCAAUACUUUGCACCGUUGACCUUCAUCAUCGUGUGCUACCUGCGCAUCCAUCGACAGCUGAAGAGAAGAAGAGACCUUUUUAAGAAAAAUGAGCACUCAUUAGGGGUAGCUCAGAUGAAAAGGAUAAACUCAGUGCUUCUGUCCAUGGUGGCAGCUUUUGCCAUUUGCUGGUUACCCCUGCAUGUUUUCAAUGCUCUUGAGGACUGGUAUCAUGAAGCUAUUCCCAUCUGCUAUGGGAACCUAAUUUUCUUAGUGUGCCAUUUGGUAGCCAUGGCGUCCACCUGCAUCAACCCCAUCAUCUAUGGAUUUCUGAAUAGUAACUUCAAAAAAGAAAUGAAGUCACUAUUUCUCAUUUGCCAGAAUAAGCCCUCGAAGGAGAUUUAUGAACAGUUACCUCUGUCGGCUGUGCAGAGUGAAAUCUCUAAAGAGUCUCUGAAGUUGAGCUCUGAACCCAACUCUCUUUAG